AUGCUGACCGAGGCCAGACCUCUCGAGAUGAGCUACAUCGCUAAGCGCGGUCUUUCGACCCUCAUUCCUCCUAAGAUUGCUUCGCCGAGUGCCAUCGGCGGCGCUCAGGAUGCUGUCCGUAUGCAGCGCGUCGUAAGCUUCUACGAGAAGCUCCCCCGCGGCCCCGCUCCGGCACCGCAGCCCAAGGGUCUCAUCGAGAGGUACCAGGCCAGGUACUUUGGCAAGAACCCCUCUGGCAUGCCCCUCGUCCACCUCAUUGGCGGUCUGAUCGUCAUCGGCUAUGCCCAGAACUACUACUUCCACCUGCGCCACCACAAGAACAACGCCCACUAG